UAAUCAUUUUCAAAAAAGCAAGGCAUAUUGUUCUUGCUAGAAGAAAGAUUUAAGAAGAGAUGAAAAUGAAGAGAGAUUCCACACUUGCCAUGGCCUAAGAAGCAUCUCUUCCUUUCUUUCUCACUUCUCACUCUCCUCCUCCUCCUCCUCCUCCUCCUCCUCCUCUCCGUAAUCCACCGCCCAAAAUGACGGACAGAGUCUACCCAACAGCCAAACCCCCCGCCGCAGCCGCCACCACCAACGGCGCCGCUGCCACCGCCGCCGCCAACGGUACUCCCACAACCGCCGGCCCCGCCACCACCAAGCCCCAGCUCUACCGCCCGUAUCGCCCGCAGCCCCCCAAGCGCCGCCGCCGCCGCCGUUGCAGCCUCUGCUGCUGCUGCUUCUGGACGAUCCUGGUCCUCCUCUUCGUCGCCCUCCUCGCCGCCAUAGCCGGCGCCGCCCUCUACGUCCUCUACCACCCCCACCGCCCCGCCUUCUCCCUAUCCUCCCUCCGCACCAGCGCCCUCAACCUCACCACCGCCCCCGACGGCUCCGCCUCCCGCCUCACCACCCUCUUCAACCUCACCCUCAUCUCCAAGAACCCCAACGCCCACACCUUCACCUUCUUCUACGACCCAUUCACCGUCUCCCUCUCCUCGUCCCCGGGCUCCGUCCCCUUGGCCAACGGCUCGCUCCCUCCGCUCGCGAGCUACCCGAAGAACCAGACGACCCUGAGGACGGUCGUGUCGGGGAGCUGGGACGACGUUGACGCCGGGUCGGUCGCUUCCCUGAGGUCGGAUCUGAGGAGGAAGGGCGGGUUGGCUCUGAAAAUCCGGGUGGAGACGAAGGUGAGGGUGAUGGCGGAUGGGCGGAAGAGCAAGAAGGUCGGGAUCAGAGUCGUUUGCGACGGGGUCAAGGGAGUGGCGCCGCCGGGGGACAAGAACGCGACGGCCGUCGCUAAUGUGGCUGACUCCAAGUGCAAGGUGGAUGUCCUGAUCAAGAUCUGGAGGUUCACUUUCUGAUCUCCGGAAU